AGUGUCAGUUGUGUGAGUCUCACGCUGGAUGUGUGAGAUUUGGCAGCAAUUUGUCGGUUUAGUUGAAAAAUACUGACCUCGAUUAAUUUUUUUAUUCAUAUGCAUAUUACGUUAUUGUUACCCUACUGUGAAUCUAGCCCUCAUUUCAAGGAUUUCCCACUUCAGAAGUGCAUUUUCUUGUGCAGGUUCUUUCGUAUCGGCUGGUUUCUCGCACACGGUUUUUGGCAGUUGGACUAAAGGUACAGAACUUCUUUGAAACUUUGUCAACAGAACAUAAAACAGCAUCCCAGUAAAAAAGAAUAGAAUGGCAACUUGCAAGAUCCUCUUUUUUCUCUUUCUUGCACUGUAUAUAUCAUGUGGGAAAUGUGAUGUGUUUUAUAAGCGAGUUGGGGAUGAGGUUUCCAUGAAUUGUGGGGCACCUUCAAACAGUGAUACAGAAUGGAAAUUUGAUAAUGUUCGCAUCUUUAUCGUCAUAGGCAAAACUGGAGCUAAACUGAAGGGUCCUUCCCAUAUUGUAUUAAAAGCAAAUACAAACGGAGAAUAUUUGAAGGUUUCCAGACUGGAGACAAGAGACUCUGGAAACUAUAUUUGCAGUUAUUCAGGGUCAGUGAAAGAACACAACGUUUAUGUUGUGUCAGUCUUUGCUAAACCAGGCCCAGUGCUGGUGCAGUCUAAUGAUGCAGAGCUGCACUGUGACAUUACAGGAAACUCAAAUACUGAAGUACAAUGGCUGAGACCCCCUAAUGGUCAAAAACAUAAUGAAAAGAGUCAAGUAAUUCAACUGAAGUCUGUGACUUUAAAAGAUGCAGGCCAGUGGACGUGUCAAGUCAAGGAUGCUUUGAAGCUCAGUGUAACACUGACUGUUGUUGAUCUCCAGACCACAGCUGUUAAUGUUUCUGAAGGGGAUGACACAAAGCUGCCCUGUUCUCUUCCUCAGAGUGUAUCUCAGCGUGUUGUGGAUGGGAAAUGGAAGGCUGACCACCUUUCCGAUGUCUCUUUCCCAACCCUGAAGAACACAGAAAACAAAGGCUUACACUGGAAUGGCAAGGAUUUAUCAAAAGUCAACUUUACUACUGAGCAACUCAGCACCAAAUUUGAUGUCACUUUGAAAAAUGUGCAGCAUAGAGAUGCAGGGAAGUUUGUGUGUACAGUGGAGUUUGAGGGUGGAGCGAGUCUACGUGUUGAGAUAACUUUGACGGUUUUGGACAAGCAUUCAGGUGGACAGGUGUUCACUAAAGGCAAAGGCAAAACACCUUCAGUUAAGGAAAUCUUGACCAAGAACGUGUAUGGCAUAGAGCUGUGGGUCUGGAUUGCUGUAGGAGCCAGUUCUGUGGUUCUUAUCGGACUUAUCGUCGUGACUGUUCUCGUCCGACAAAGGAACAAAUGGAUGAAGGAGCGGGUGAGGAAGCUGAGAUCCAUGCGGCAGCCUCUUACAGCCAAAGACUACUGCCGAUGCAAAAGAAUGAAUCUAAGAAUGAAGUAGAGUUGGAUCAGGGAGUGAGGUCACUUCCAGGGCCCAGACAAAAGCACUACCCAUGUUCACGUACAGCAGGCCCAAACCACACCAACUGAGAGGAGCAGAGCUCAAGACCCCGAAAAAACACCCCCCGCUGGGCCUGUGCUUUUAAAUGUGCUUCUUGCUUAAUGAUGCUAAAUAAAACAUGCACUUUUCAAGA